GCAGGCGCGGGUCGGGGACAGGAGCGAGGAGGGCGGAGCGCCGCGCGGAGCGGAGGGGCGGGGUCACGAACUCUGACCUCCCGGAGCCGCCACCGACAAAUAACCCCCCAGGAGAGGCCGCCGGGAGCUGGGCCCGCCAGGAGUCUCCACAGAGUAAUUAUGCAUACGAGGUGUGAAGUGUAAUCUAGGUACCUUAGGAAAUUCUGGUGAUUAAAGAUCAUGGCAACCAUAGAGGAACUGGCCCAUCAAAUUAUUGAACAACAAAUGGGAGAGAUUGCGCAUUCCCAAGGAACUGUUACUCAAACACUAAUGGAUGGGACAGCACAAAGAAUACAAAUUGUCCCAGCGGAUUCAGGUCUCUCUUUACCACAACGCAUACAAAUUGUCACAGACCAGCAGACGGGCCAGAAGAUUCAGAUUGUUACUGCACUUGAUCAGAGCACAGCAGGAAAGCAGUUCAUCUUAACAAAUCAUGAUGGCUCUACCCCAAGCAAGGUGAUCCUUGCCAGACAAGAUUCCACUCCAGGAAAAGUUUUCCUAACAACUCCAGAUGCUGCAGGUGUCAACCAACUGUUUUUUGCAUCCCCCGAUUUAUCUGCACAACACAUCCAGAUUUUAACAGACAACACUUCUACUGAACAGACCCUAAAUAAAGUAUUUGAUCUCUGUGUCGUAUGCGGAGACAAAGCAUCAGGACGUCAUUAUGGAGCAGUAACAUGUGAGGGAUGCAAGGGAUUCUUUAAAAGAAGCAUACGAAAGAAUUUAGUUUAUUCAUGCCGAGGAGCAAAAGACUGUGUUAUUAACAAACAUCAUCGAAACCGAUGUCAGUACUGUAGGCUGCAGAGAUGCAUCGCAUUUGGAAUGAAACAGGACUCUGUUCAGUGCGAGAGGAAACCAAUUGAAGUAUCACGAGAAAAAUCUUCUAACUGUGCGGCUUCUACAGAAAAGAUCUAUAUCCGAAAAGAUCUGCGCAGCCCACUUGCUGCAACUCCAACUUUUGUAACCGACAAUGAAACAGCAAGAUCAACAGGACUGCUAGAGUCAGGAAUGUUUGUAAAUAUUCAUCAGUCCGGAAUAAAAAGUGAGCCUACGGUGCUUAUGACACAAGAUAAGGUUGAGACCUGUCAAGGGGAUUUAAGCACACUGGCAAAUGUGGUAACAUCAUUAGCAAAUCUCAGUAAAUCCAAAGACAUGUCUCAAAGUAGUGCUGAGCUGUCUAUGAUUGAAAGUUUAAGCAAUGGAGAUACAUCAUUGUCUGAACUUCAUCAAGAAGAGCAAGCAAGUAGUGAUGUUACCAGCAUGCACUCCCUCGACUUUCUUGUCUUGUGGGCUGCAUGCUCUGGGCUGCUGAGGAGAUCUGAGCAUGUUCUCCCCUGUCUUCCUGAUCGAGGCAGUUGUGAUUCUGGCUGAUGUAUCACUCAUGAGGGUACCAAAGGCCCCGAGGAGGUAACUGCUCAAGGUCCAUAUGCUGCCAUCCUCUUCACACCAACACUGCUGCAGGAGCUUGUUAUAGGGUGGCAUGGAAAAGUUUCCUAUCAUGGUGGAAGAAACAAAGCAUCCCUCCUGAGAAAUGUUCAAGAAAAAUUUAAAUCCUACAGUACCUGAAAACGUUGUUGAGAUUGUGCCAAAUGAUAAGAGAUUUGUUCCAAGAUCAACCAAAAACUCCAAAAGAGGAGAGGAUAGUCACUGCUGCCUAGCUUCUGCAAAAUCAAUUCAAAGCCAGACCCCAUAAGCCAGCAAUAAACCAUCUCUCCCUCUUUCUACCCCUGAAUUCAAGCACCACAUGCAAAUAAUUGGUUUUUCAUUUGAAUUCUAAGAUUGAAAUACCACAGCACUGCAUUUUUCUUGUUGAUAUUACCUGUUAACCAUCCAAUUUUAGUCAGAAAAAAUCAUAUAGUCUGAAUAAAUAUUUACUGGAUUGCUUCUAAGGAUUAUUUUAAAUGUUCUGUGUAUUUGAAUUGAAUGCUCAAGUGUUGGUUUCACUACAUUUUAUUUUCCUGCUUGCAGUGCAUCAAUUUAUAUUACUAAAAAUCUGUCCACCCUGGCAAAAGGAUACAUGUGGGAAAGUUUUUGUGUUGCUUAUUUUAUAGUGUUCUCUCUUGUUUUUUGCCUAUGACUGCCAGUGCAUGUUGUUCAAAUAAACUGUUUACUUCAAAAGGCUUCCUUUGUUUCUUGCCUGCAUAUGUUCAGCCACCAGUUUUAGAGGCAGGGAUGAGGGAGGGGAGUUCCAAAACCAAUUAAUAAAGUUUUUUUUAAAAAGUGCAGUAUACCUACCUGAGCUUCUUGCCCCUUUCUCAAUGGGUUCUUCCUCUUGGUGAGUCAGGGUUAGGUUUAGCAGGCUCUUGAAGAGCUCCUUGUUCUAUUCAGGGAUUGCAUCUUCCACAUCCCCCUCCACUGUGAACUUUUCAUCGCUGUGUAUUGCUGGGGUUCUUUCUUCUGGGUCUUACGAGGUGUCUGCUGUCACUCGAAGGAUUGUCUGCCCAGUAUGGCACCCAGUGCCCCAUAGUUGCAGCAGGUGUGGGAGGGAGCUCCAGAUUUUCCGUUGGCCUUCUUUGCCUAUUGGUGGUAGGACUGCUGCAGUUCCUUCUUUGCCCACCAUUGCUGCUUUUCCCUGUCAUAGCCAAGGUUUUGCAUCCCUUCUGCAAUGUCUGAAUAAUCUUUAUUCCUGCAGCAGUUCCGCAGAUGGGUUUGCACUGCUUUUUCUUUCCAUAGACUGAGGAAGUCCAGGACUUCUUUCUUAGAACAGGCUGCAGCGCAAGCUUGCCUGAUUCCCUCCCCCCAUGCUCCCGUUAGCUGCAGCUUUACCAUAUGCCUUACCUAUGUGUGAAGGCAGAAAAGGUGGGCCAGUAGGAAGAGAAGCAUUUCCAAAACAUGCUGAAGAUUUUAAAAGGGAGUGGACUUUGAUCACUGUGACCUUCAGGCAGCAGAGUUCACAACUGGGACCAGAACAGUGACUGUGGCAGGGAAAGGGUCAUUGUGGGAUUGUUUCUGGAGGACUGUUUGUACCAGUACAGGUAAUGCAGCAUCCACACGGGCAUUAUAUUCAUAGAACUGUGUCAGUACAGGAUUUAUGUUGUUUUGUGGGACGUGAUUUAACUUGACUAAUAGAAAGCCUAGGUUUUAUUGACAGGACUUAGAAUUGAGCAUGAAUUCACCCAAACAUGAGUUAACAUAAGGCAAACUUUACUGGUAAAACUUAGUAGUGUAGAUCAGGCCUAAAUCUCACAUAACUUCCUCCAAAUAUUACACAAACUUAUUCUAAGAGACUCCUAAAUAUUUGUUAAAGAAAGUGAGAGUGAGGCCUUUCAAGAAGGCAAACUGAUUUUCUAGUCAUUUGUUCUUUCUGUAUCUUCUGUUGUGUGUGGUACUCACAGAUACAAAAUAUAAUCUUUACUUUCCUGCAGUAGAUUUAAGCUACACUUUAAAGUGCCUGUGUCUAAUGCCCUUUAUGUUACAUUCUUCCCUACUGCUUGAUUAGAUCUAUAUAGCCAUCCGUGAGUGAGGGAGAUGGAAAGGAACUGAAAUUACUUAGAAUAAAGGAAAUCCAUACUAUGCGUAAACAACUCAGAACACACCUUGUCUUAUUUAAUGAGUUAUGAUUUCAUUUUUUUUGUCCACACUAAAAAUUUAUUCUAGACAUUUCUUUGGAACUUUAUCUUGCAGUCCUUACUCAUGCUAGUAAAUGUUGGAGAUGAUGAGGCUUCCUGCAUGAACAAGGGCUACAGGACUGGUCUUUGGGGCAGGGGUUCUCAAACUGAGGGUUGUGACCUCUCAGGGGGUUGC